GAAGAUAUAUCACUCAAACACGUACGUAUACAUAGUUCUCAUGUAAGACUAAAAGAAAGAUCUUUUGUAAAAGCACUUUUGUAAAAGAAAGAGGCAAUUUGAGAGUUUUUUUAAUCACACCACUCAUCAACCCAACUUCAACAACUACUCCACUCAGUUCUAAACUCUACAAAAGAGAGAAAGAGAGAGUGAGAUUUGUGACAAAAAUCCAUGGCUGAAGCUUGCAGAGUGAGGAGGAUGAAGCUAGGAAGCCAAGGCCUUGAGGUAUCGGCACAAGGCCUUGGUUGCAUGGCCCUCUCCGCUCGCUACGGUGCUCCCAAGCCGGAAACUGAAGCCAUCGCUCUCCUCCACCAUGCUAUCAACUCUGGUGUUACUUUCUUUGACACCUCUGACAUGUACGGUCCUGAGACCAACGAGUUGCUCCUAGGCAAGGCUCUGAAAGAUGGCUUAAAGGGGAAAGUGGAGAUUGCGACCAAAUUUGGAUUCUUUGUAAUAGAGGGGGAAAUUUCCGAAAUAAGAGGAGAUCCUGAGUAUGUAAGAGCUGCGUGUGAGGCAAGUUUAAAGAGGUUAGAUAUUGCCUGCAUUGAUCUCUAUUAUCAGCAUCGUGUCGAUACUCGUGUUCCUAUCGAAAUCACUGUAAGCCUCCUCUUUCCCAAUCCUGCUUCAUUCUAUGGUUUCAAUGUUUCCAAGUUACCAACAGUUUCUUUGUCUGUGAAUUCCAAGAUGGGAGAACUUAAGAAGCUAGUGGAAGAAGGUAAAAUAAACUAUAUUGGUUUGUCAGAAGCUUCAGCUUCAACUAUCAGAAGAGCGCAUGCUGUUCACCCCAUAACCGCUGUGCAAAUAGAAUGGUCCUUAUGGUCGAGAGACGCGGAAGAAGAUAUCAUUCCAACCUGCAGGGAACUCGGGAUUGGAAUAGUAGCUUAUAGCCCUCUAGGAAGAGGCUUCUUAGCAUCAGGACCCAAGCUUGCGGAGAAUCUGGAAGACGAUGACUUCAGAAAGACUCUACCAAGAUUCCAACAGGAAAACUUAGACCACAACAAAAUUCUCUUUGAGAAAGUAUCUGCAAUGUCUGCGAAGAAAGGAUGCUCUCCCGCACAACUAGCCCUUGCAUGGGUUCAUCACCAGGGAGCUGAUGUUUGCCCCAUUCCAGGAACCACGAAGAUCGAAAACCUCAACCAGAACAUUGGAGCUUUAUCAGUGAAACUUACUACCGAAGAGAUGUUUGAGCUCGAGUCCCUUGCCCAACCAGAGUCUGUGCAAGGAGAAAGAUAUAUGGCCUCAGUGUCCACCUUCAAGAACUCCGACACUCCGCCGUUGUCUUCUUGGAAAGCCGCUUAAAACUGCAUGAGAGUUUCUCUGGCCAAACCGCAAAAAUAACAUGUUAAGAGUUUGUGUUCAUGUUCAGAGUCUACAAAAAUAAUAUGUUAAGAGUGUGUGUUGAAUGUUCAGAGUCUUCAAUGUAUAGUUUAUAUGCAUCUUAUAAUCUGCGACCAACCUCUAAUCUAAAACAUUACAUUCACCAUUUCAACCAUUAA